CGCCCCUUCCGGCCCGCCCUGCGCUGUACCAUAGAGUCGGGCCGCCCAGUCUCAUAGAGCGGCCCGGAGCGGGGUCAGAGGCUGGGGGAUAGUAUGGCGGCGGCUAGGCUCCGCUCCUUGCCCAGGCUGGCUCUGGGCCGCCACAUGGUGGGGCCAGCAUGCCUGCAGCGUGGCUACCGUGGGGCCUCCCCACCGGACUCAGGCAAGGACAUGCUGGAGAUCCCCUUGCCCCCCUGGCAGGAGCGGCCGGACGAGCCACUGGAGACCAAGAGAGCCCGGCUGCUCUAUGAGAGCCGGAAGCGGGGGAUGCUGGAGAACUGCAUCCUGCUCAGCCUCUUUGCAAAGGAGAACCUGAACCGCAUGAGCGAGCAGCAGCUGAACCUCUACGACCGGCUCAUCAACGAACCCAGCAACGACUGGGACAUCUACUACUGGGCCACAGAAGCCAAGCCACCGCCGGCCGAGUUUGAGAAUGACGUGAUGGCCAUGCUGCAGGAGUUUGCCAAGAACAAGAAGAAGGAGCAGAGGCUGCGGCAGCCAGACCUGGAAUAUCUUUUUGAGCCACCCCACUGAUGGAGAGGCCCCCAACUCCUUUCCCAGCCCCUGGAGCAGGGAAGGGACACUGUGGAAACACUGCUGCUGUCCUCUCUGUCCUCUCCUCCAGCAGCAGCUCGUGUGGACUCAGGAUGAAUAAAGCCAUGGCUGCUACC